UGUUGUGUGUGUGUGUGUGUGCUUUCUCCCUCUUCCCUUUUUACAGGCAAUCAGAUGAAGGCUGGAGAGAAAGGGAGAAAGACACAGAGCAAGAGGGGAACAUCUCGAUAAAGAGAAAGAAGGAAAUCAAGAUUUUAAGCAAACCUGGAGAGCAGUUGUCAAUAUUUAUACAAUAUAUAGAAAUAUAAUUUUUGCUGGCUUUUUAAUUUUUUUUUUUUCUUCAGAGGAUCUGAAGAUAUCCACACACGUUUUAUAUAUCUUUCUUGCUCUUGCACAUUGGUGUGAAAAGGCUUUUUAAAAGCAGAAGGAUCUGGGGGAUUGGUUAGCUGUUAGCUUUGCACAGACUGGUGGUUCAGUAUGUCUCUUGGAAGAAGCAGCAGCAAUGUGGCUGGCACAACGCUGGCAAAAGCUGGACUCUGGGUUGUGUUGUUGGGCACCCUGUUUGGAAGCUAUGCCAGUGCCUGCCCAGCACUCUGUACUUGUAGUGGCACCACUGUGGAUUGCCACGGACUAGGGAUCAAAGCCGUGCCCAGGAAUAUUCCAAGGAACACUGAGAGGCUGGAAUUGAAUGGAAACAACAUCACACGCGUCAACAAAAACGAUUUUUCUGGACUGAAAUACCUCCGAGUAUUACAGCUGAUGGAAAACCAGAUUGGCGUGAUCGAGCGCGGAGCAUUCGAUGACAUGAAGGAGCUAGAGAGACUGCGCCUGAAUCGAAAUCAGCUCCACAUGUUCCCAGAGCUGCUAUUCCAGAAGAACGCGGCUCUCUCCCGACUUGACCUGAGCGAGAACUUUAUCCAGGCCAUCCCCAGGAAGGGGUUCCGUGGAGCUACUGAUAUUAAGAACCUGCAGUUGGACAAGAACCAGAUCACCUGCAUUGAGGAUGGAGCCUUCAGAGCCAUGAGAGGGCUGGAGGUCCUGACCCUGAACAAUAAUAACAUCAGCAGCAUUCCCGUCUCCAGCUUCAACCACAUGCCCAAGCUCCGAACCUUCCGUCUGCACUCCAACAACCUACAUUGUGACUGCCACCUGGCCUGGCUUUCCCAGUGGCUGAGGCAGAGACCCACCAUUGGGCUGUUUACCCAGUGCAGCGGGCCAACACAACUGCGUGGUCUCAAUGUGGCUGAGGUCCAGAAACACGAGUUCACCUGCCCAGCACAUGCCCAGUCCCCACAUUCACAGCCCUGCAGCCUGCUGGCCGGAUCCUGUCCAGCCAUGUGCACCUGCAACAACAACAUUGUGGACUGCAGAGGAAAGGGGCUGACUGCCAUCCCAGCCAACCUGCCCGACAGCAUGGCCGAAAUACGUCUGGAACAGAAUGGGAUUAAGUCGAUCCCACCGGGUGCGUUUUCCCCCUAUAAGAAGCUGCGCAGAAUAGACCUGAGUAACAACCACAUCUCUGAGAUUGCACCUGAUGCCUUCCAAGGACUGCGCUCUCUCAACUCACUGGUCCUUUAUGGAAAUAAAAUCACAGACCUACCCAAAGGCGUUUUCGAUGGACUGUAUGCCUUGCAGCUAUUGCUCCUGAACGCCAAUAAGAUCCACUGUGUCCGUGCUGAUGCCUUCCAGGACCUGCAGAAUCUAUCCCUGCUCUCGCUCUACGACAACAAGAUCCAGACUCUGGCCAAGGGGACCUUCGCCGCACUGCGCGCUGUGCAGACUCUGCACCUGGCGCAGAAUCCAUUUAUCUGUGACUGUAAUCUGAAGUGGCUGGCAGACUACCUGCGCUCCAACCCCAUCGAGACGAGCGGAGCGCGCUGCGCCAGCCCCCGGCGCCUCGCCAACAAGCGCAUCAGCCAGAUCAAGAGCAAGAAGUUCCGCUGCUCUGCUAAAGAACAGUACUUCAUCCCAGGACUGCACCACAAUAACUGCACUGAGGAUACGCGACUCAACAGUGAGUGCAACAGUGACACGACGUGUCCACCAAAGUGCCGCUGUGAAGCCAACGUGGUGGACUGCUCCAACCUCCGCCUCACCAAGAUCCCAGAGCACAUCCCACAGUCCACCGCUGAGCUACGUAUGAACAACAAUGAGAUUGCAGCUCUGGAGGCGACGGGCAUCUUCAAGACUCUCUCACAGCUCAAGAAAAUUAACCUGAGCAACAACAAGAUCACGGAGAUUGAGGACGGAGCGUUCGAGGGCGCCGCCGCUGUUAACGAGCUGCACCUGACUGCCAACCAGAUGGACUCGGUGCGGAGCGGCAUGUUUCGUGGGCUGGAAGGGUUGCGCACACUGAUGCUGAGGAACAACCGCCUCAGCUGCGUUCACAACAGCAGCUUCACGGGGCUGCGCAACGUGCGUCUCCUCUCUCUCUACGAUAACCAGAUCACCACCAUCACCCCUGGGGCCUUUGAUACCCUGCAGUCCCUCUCCACACUGAACCUGCUGGCUAACCCCUUCAGCUGUGAUUGCCGGCUGGCCUGGCUUGGGGACUGGCUGAGGACCAGGAAGAUUGUGACUGGCAACCCACGCUGCCAGCAUCCCGCCUUCCUCAAGGAGAUCCCCCUGCAGGACGUGGCCUUCCUGGAUUUUCGCUGCGAGGAGGGCCAGGAGGAGGCGAGCUGUGUGCCACGGCCCCAGUGCCCCAGCGAGUGUACCUGCCUGGAGACGGUGGUGCGCUGCAGCAACAGGCACCUGCGAGCCCUGCCCCGGGGCAUCCCCAGGAACGUCACCGAGCUGUAUUUGGAUGGAAACCAAUUCAGUAUUGUACCAAAAGAGCUUUCUUCCUUUAAAUACCUUCAGCUUGUGGAUCUGAGUAACAACAAAAUCAGCUCUCUGACGAACUCGUCCUUCAUCAACAUGAGUCAGCUCACAACGCUGAUCCUGAGCUACAACUCCCUGCGAUGCAUCCCGGUCCUGGCAUUCAGAGGCCUGCGAUCCCUGCGUCUGCUGUCUCUCCAUGGCAACGAUGUGUCUGAGCUACUGGAGGGGAUAUUCAGUGAUGUACCAUCUCUCUCUCACCUGGCAAUUGGAGCAAACCCCCUGUACUGUGACUGUCGCCUGCGCUGGCUGUCUGACUGGGUGAAGACUGGUUACAAAGAGCCAGGGAUCGCACGUUGCACAGGGCCGGCGGGCAUGGAGGGCAAACUGCUUCUCACCACGCCAGCCAAGAAGUUUGAGUGCCAGGGUACGAUAGACCCUGCUGUCCUGGCCAAGUGCAGUCCCUGUACUUCGAACCCGUGCCGCAACGAGGGCACCUGCCAGAGCGACCCCGUGGAGCUUUACAAGUGUACCUGCGCACCAGGAUUUAAGGGGAAGGACUGUGAGACGACCCUAAACGCCUGCAUCAGCAACCCCUGCGCCAAUGAAGGAACCUGUCAGCCCAGCCCUGGGGAGAGCGGAGGAUACACCUGCACCUGCCCGCAAGGGUUCAAUGGGCCAGCCUGUGAAGUAAAUCUCGACGACUGCGAGGACAAUGACUGUGAAACUGGAGCCACCUGUGUGGACGGAGUCAACAACUACACCUGCCUGUGCCCCCCUUACCACACUGGUGACCUGUGUGAGGAGUUGGAAGAUGUCUGCUCUCCUGGAAGGAACCCAUGUCAGCAAGGCUCUAAGUGUGUCGUCACUGCCUCCGGACCCAAGUGUGAGUGUGCGCCUGGCUUUGUGGGUGAUGACUGCAGUGUGAACUAUGAUGACUGCGUGGAUCACCGCUGCCAGAACAUGGCUAGAUGUAUCGAUGAGCUCAAUGGCUACACCUGCCUCUGUGCUGAGGGCUACAGAGGGCAGCUCUGUGAGUUUCCCUCACGCCCCCCCAUUCCUUCCUCUCCGUGUGAAGUGGUUGAAUGUCAGAACAACGCCCCCUGUGUAGAGCGGGGAGGGCAUGCGCUGUGCCAGUGUCUGCCAGGCUUUGGGGGGCCACGCUGUGAGAAGCUGGUGAGCGUUAACUUUGUGGACCGAGACUCUUAUCUGCAACUGAGUGACCUGAAGAACUGGCCCCAUGCCAACAUCACUCUGCAGGUCUCCACAGCAGAGGACAAUGGGAUCCUGCUCUAUAACGGAGACAAUGACCACAUCGCUGUGGAGCUCUACCAGGGUCACGUCAGGGUCAGUUACGACCCGGGCAGCCAGCCCAGCCACGCCAUCUACAGCACUGAAACCAUUAACGAUGGACAGUUCCACACAGUGGAGCUGGUGACAUUUGACCAGAUGGUGAACCUGUCCAUUGACGGGGGCGCCCCGAUGACCAUGGACAGCUUUGGAAAGCUACACCCCCUGAACGGAGAGGCACCGCUAUACGUGGGGGGAAUGCCGGUCAAUGUGAACGCUGCUGCCUCCAGGCUCUGGCAGAUCCAGAAUGGCUCCAGCUUCCACGGCUGCAUCCAGAACCUGUACAUCAACAACGAGCUUCAGGACUUCACCAAGACCCAGAUGAAGCCGGGCGUGGUGCCGGGCUGCGAGCCCUGCCGCAAGAUCUACUGCCUUCACGGCAUCUGCCAGCCCGACGGUGCCACGGGACCCGUGUGCCACUGCCAGCCGGGCUGGAGCGGAGUGCACUGUGACCAGCCUGCCAGCAACCCCUGCCAGGGCAACAAGUGUGUUCAUGGCGCCUGCGUGCCACUCGACAUGCUGUCCUAUCGCUGUGAGUGCAAGGAGAGCUAUCGCGGUGCCCUGUGUAACCAGCAGGUGGAGCUCUUUAACCCUUGCAAUAAACUGCAAUGUAAACACGGGGACUGCCAGAUCUCUGAUGCCGGGGAGGCCUAUUGUCACUGUGACAGUGGCUACAGUGGGAAGCUCUGUGACACAGAGUCUGAAUGCCGUGGAGAGCCAGUGAGGGAUUAUUACCAGGUGCAGCGCGGCUAUUCCAUCUGCCAGACCACACGCAUGGUGUCAUGGGUAGAGUGCAGCGGGGCAUGUGAGACAGGUGCCUGCUGCAGCGCCCAGCGCAUGAAGCGCAGGAAAUACACCUUUGAGUGCAGCGACGGGAGCUCCUUCACAGAGGAAGUGGAGAAGACCAUCAAGUGCGGCUGCAUGGGGUGCAUGUAGUGGAGUCACCGGAGCCAGAAAGUCUUUUAUAUAUAUAUAUAUAUAUAUAUAUAUAUAUAUAUAA